GACCAGCAGGCUUGAGAACAUUCUCACAACAUCUUGUGAAUCCCACGAUUACAGAUACCUCACAAACCACUCAACAUGUCCGUCGCCGCACCUCCAACGCUCUAUAUUCCUGGCCCACUCGGCAACGGCCGCGACGGCAAAAUCCAACUCGGCGCCGUAUUCGAUCAUCCCCUCAAGGUCUUCCAAUUCCCCAUUGCACAAGCUCCGGUUGCGCUGGCACAGAAAUCCGUUGGCCCGCCACAAGCCAUCAAGGACUUGGUCCAUCACAAGGCCAAAGUAUGGGGCGUCGCCCUCUGGGCCAAGUUCCUGAGUACGUUUGGCUUUCAAAUAGAGGCCGGCCACGCACAUGACAAGGCCAUGACCUUCUCCUCCAAGCGCGUCGUCACCGAAGAGCUGAGCGUCGUCGACAUACUCAAGUUCAUCAACGACCUUGAAACCUCCUCUCCAACGCUCAAGGCGCGCAUCGACAAGGCACCCGUGUACAUGGUUGUCGGGGUCAAAUAUGCCGACAACCUGCAGUACAAGAUCGUGCAAGGCGAGCGUACAGGUGUGGCCGCCGACGGGCAUGGGAGUCCAAACGAGCAUGUCACAAUUGGCGGCUAUCUCUUCUAUCUCGGGAGCACGGGAUAUCUACACGAAGGAUCUGUGAAUGGCGAGAGCGCCUUUGCGUACAUGAUGCUUGAGAUUUCCAGGCAUGGAUGGUGGAAAAAGGUGACGAAGACCAAGGUGGUUCAGGAUGGGACGCUACUGGGAAGCGAUAGCAGGGAUAGUGAUAGCGAUGAAGACGAGGAGGAAGGAGAAGAGGAACAGGUCGAUAUCAAGUAUAUCUCCGACGAAGACAUGUUGGUGCUUGCAGAGAUGAACGCAGCGGAGGGCAGCGCUUGAGACUGUUUAUCAUUAGGUAGUCAGAUACACCUUGGGAGAUGCAGUUUAUUUAUUUUCGUAGAGGCAGGACUGUCCAUUUUCUUACA